CAAUAUCUUAUCUCUAAUGGAGCUGAUAAAGAAGCAAAGAAUAAUAAUGGAUGGACUCCACUCAUUUGGGCAUCAAGAUAUGGUCAUCUUGAAGUUGUUCAAUAUUUAAUCUCUAAUGGAGCUGAUAAAGAAGCAAAGGAUAAAUAUGGAUAUACUCCACUCAUUUUUGCAUCAGUUACCGGUCAUCUUGAAGUUGUUCAAUAUCUUAUCUCUAAUGGAGCUAACAAAGAAGCAAAGGAUAAUGAUGGAUGGACUCCACUCAUUUGGGCAUCAAGAUAUGGUCAUCUUGAUGUUGUUAAAUAUCUUAUCUCUAAUGGAGCUGAUAAAGAAGCAAAGAAUAAUAAUGGAUCUACUCCACUCAUUUGUGCAUCAGAAGAAGGUCAUCUUGAAGUUGUUCAAUAUCUUAUCUCUAAUGGAGCUGAUAAAGAAGCAAAGAAUAAUGAUGGAAAAACGGCAUUAGAUCUUGCAACAGACAAUGUAAAAAAUUAUCUAAAAUCUUUAUGA